GUUGUAGUUGAGGCAAGUCGUGAGGAAACAUGAAGAAAACGAUUACAAUUUAAACCCAGUGAAGUAAUUUCCUUUUGAAUAAAGUGCCAAAAACGUUUGUCACCCGUGCAUGAAUCUUUCACUGCCAGUGCUUCAUGUGAGACAUCCGCAGAAAGCCAGGUUACAGCUGCAUUUUUUACGAGAUAAAACCAUAACUACCAUAUGUCAAACCACGACUGACAAACCACAUUUUGCUUUUCAUUUAAUGUGUAAAUCAAGAAAAAGGGGUGCUUAUGAAAUAAGGGGAACAUCAGCGAUAGAUUAGUGUAAUAUACUGCCCCUUCAGCCACUUUUAAUAAUAUGUAAAGGAAACCUGAGCACACCAUUCAAACCUCUUUUACUGUUAUUCAUUACUGAACUCAGCGUACCUUAUAUUCGUGCACGAUGUCAUACAAUGAUACAAGCGUCGUAUUCUUUGAUGCUACAGAAACACAUGUGGAAAUGGUGUACAAAGAAAUCAUAGCCGUAAAUGAGCAAGAGAGUAUUGUGGCUAAUAAGGGAGAAUCCUCCUCUGAUAUGCCAGAUGUACUUCUUCCAACUGAGUCGGAAUGUCAUGCCAAGUCAAGUGAUCAUCCAGUUACUCCCACGGACGAUGAUGUUUUUGAAGAUGCCUGUGGUGAUUUGGGGACGAAGGAAAAUCGGAAAAAUAAAAAUCAUCCCAAAACAGAGCGGUGUGCGGGAGCCGACAAAUCAGAUGAAACCGUCGAGGGCUUAUCUGAAUCCAAGGAAGAAGUCGAAUCCCUAGCAAUUGGACGUUAUGUGACGCAUGCCGAAGCAUUGCCAACAACAAGACGAGAACUUCGAAGUAGCAUGGAAGAAACCAUCAUCUCUCCAGUAACUGGAGAAGUGUUCCAUCGCGCUGGUGCGGGAACGACAGAAAUUUGGGUAGACGAGCCUAGCGGAUCGACGUUAUGGAACCUUACAAAAUCGGCAAGAUCUUCCACCGAUGAACGCGACUGUCUCGGAUGUAUUCUGCCAGCUAUAGAAGAAUACGCUCGUGGGCUAAAUGCGGACGCGGAAUCUGACCCAGUGUCUGCCAAUAACGAAGGCUUGUUAAUGAACGAAACAUAUUUUGAUAUCCACGAUGAUUCUAGCAAACGGGAGAUCCAACUAGACAUGAUUCGAGACAGUUUUGUUAUCCCGUCCGAUGUAGACACCAGACAAGUAUCACCAAACACUCUCUGUCCUAGAGAGCAGGAAGAGGCUGAUCAUCCGAUCCGAGAUGCGGUCAAACUGUUGUUCAAUAACCAAUUUAUGAAAGCAAAGGCAGUAUUUCAUUCUAAAGCCGAUAGAGAGCCCUUGUACGCUUUACAGCUUGGUGUUAUGGCAUCCAUGAAAGCGCUGAUUACCCAUGAUGAAACCGAUCGACAAAUCGCCAUGAAUUCGCUUGCUUCGACGUAUGCAAUUGCUAAAGCGCAAUGCGAUAAUGAAACGCUGAAACGCCCGUUCAGAUCGUCUUUGUCUCAAUAUUUUUCGUCAUUGAAAAUGAGCAACCGUACUGGAUUACCAAUGACAUAUGCAAGCCCAGUGUCCGCCAGUCAUUCGGACACAGCUGGAGCUUCAAAAGCAAGUUUUGUUCCUAACGGUAUCCUGCGUGCUCACGCCAUUAGAGGUGAAAGCUGCCUGCUUAUGGGAAUACUACAAAUGACACAUGAAAACACUAUGGAAUAUCUAAAAUGCGGACUGAACCUUCGCCGAGCUUAUAGUGAUUACACGAUUGUAUGGCAAGAAUAUAAGCGUAUGGGGCAAGAGUACACAAAGUACAUGGACCGUGAUACGGUUUCUGCUAUUCAGUUUGGCAUUGCCGCAAUUCACCUUUUGCUGUUGUCAUUACCGCCUAAGGUACACAAGAUAUUUUCCACUUUAGGCUGGAAGAGCGACAAGCAAUUGGCAGUAGCAUUGCUGAAGCUUUGUAUCGAGGGAAAGGGAAUACGGGCGCCAUUAGCCUCUCUGUUGAUGUUGGCUUAUUAUUCGGAAAUGACGGCAACUAUACCACAAAUGUACAGAGAAGAAUUUCAGGAAGCUACUGUCGACUGCUUAUCUGCGGCACAGGAAAAUCAUCCACGUUCCUGCUUUUUCCUAUAUUACGCUGCAAGAGUCGCGCGCAAUGCCAAUAAUAUGACGCUGUCUAUUCGAUCCUUGAAGUUUGCUGCCGAAUCCGCUCAAGGAGAAUGGCCGGAAGCAGCAAUGAAGCAGCUAACCGAUUAUGAAAUAGCACUGAGUCAUAUUUUGCAACUCGACUGGAAAAACGCAGCAGCCAGGUUUGACGAAUUAAGCCAGCAAAAAUAUUGGUCGCCGAUCUUCUGUCAGUAUAUGGUGGGGGCAUCUUAUGAGAUGCAGGGUUCACGUACCGACAGUAUACUGGCAUUCGCGAAGCUGUCACAGAUGGCAAAAGAAUACCAGAACCAGAAGACAUACAUAGACACCUAUGCAGAAAAGAAAGUGGAAUUUUAUCAAUGCAGCGGCUACCAGGAUAUGGAUUUUUGCGUCCCAGGGCUGGAAAUGAUCCUUUUAUGGAACGCUUUCGAGCAGAUGGAUAAUGAGACGCUCGAGCAAUGCUUAGUGGUUGUACUUCAAAAACUGGAAAGCAUUUAUGAACGGGAGAAAUCCGAAUACAGUAUCCGACUCCGAGAACUGGCUCCCUCGAGAUCGCCACCUGACUACACAGAGCAGCGAUCCAUUCUACUACUCAUUCAAGCCUCGGUUUUCAACGCACUUCAUCAAUAUCAUGAAGCUAUAACUCAUCUCAACUGGAUACUAGACCAUCGUAGCGAUAUCAAGGGCGAAAAAUGGGUUAUUCCAUUCAGUCUUUGGGAAGCGGGCAUCACCAGCUGGGGGAUGCAAAAUCGGUCUAAAAGUCGAAAGUUGUGGGAGCAAGCGUUAGAAUACAACAGUUACAGCUUCCAACAUCGAUUGAUAAUCCGGCUCAAUCUGGCGUUAAAUAGAUGCGAUGAACUUGGUGUUCGACAUGUGAAGCAUAAGAAAUUUGAAGGAAUCACAACCAACGGACGAAAAAGAAUGCCUAUCGUCUCAUCAUCCUAGGAAAACAGCCAUUGCAGUUGACUCUUUCCUGUCUUAAAUCCGUGCAUAUUGAAUGCCAAUAAAUUAUAAUUAAAUUAUGCUCAAAGAGCUGUUUUUAU